AAUACACGGAGUAUUUCUGUUUUGUUUGAAGUUAGAAAUUGGCAGUAUUUCAAAAUUAGCCGUGCAACUGGUGUAUUCGGUGUGUGUUUAAGUCACAAAAACACGAGAGAUUUUAUUAAAGAAAUAUAUUGUUUAUUUGUUUACUAAAAAUUUAAGAAAGAAAGAGUGAAAACUACUUGCUAAUCUAAAACAAUCUGAUAACCAGUUGCGGAUAUUUUGUAUAAAUAUAUACUGUAGGGACUAGAGAAAUAAACAAAAUGGCAAGUGUAAUAGGAAAAUGGAAAAUUGACACAUGUGAAAACUUUGAAGAGUACAUGAAAGCUACAGGGGUCUCAGAAGAAAAACGAGCAGACGCACACAAAUAUUUGUCAACAGGAUCAAACUUGACUCAAGAGUUUAUAGCCAACGGUAAUAAUUGGACUGUUACAACUUCGACUGCUGUAGGAGAGCGUUCAAUCGCAUUUGCAAUCGGAAAUGAAUUAGAUUCUAUGACACUAGAUGACCGAAAAAUAAAGGUUGUGUUUACAGUUGACGGUGACAGCCUUGUAGAGAAUCAAAAGGGUGAUGGCUUCGAGUGUACACAUGUUAGGAAAGGAAAUGGAAAUACAUUAACAAUGACACUAACAGGUGGAGGCCAGACCUGUAUAAGGACGUUUAGCAAAGUGUAACAACAUUCCAGAAAUGCCAAACUUGUUCCAUCGAUUCAAUUCAAUAUUUUAUACAUGUAGUUAAAUAAAUUGUUCUUGCAGACUGGA